AGUGAUGUUUCCCGUGCUCGUGGUGCCAUUCAUUGCGCGAGCGACCACGAUCGAAUGCAAAGCGGUUCACGGUUCUCCUGCCCGGUCCCGGCAUCCGUUUAUGCUACGCGCUGAGCGAGAGCAUCGCACGUCUUCGCACAGGUCUUCCAGGCACGUCGAUGACAGCCGACGCAGAAGAUGCCUACAGCCGCUCAGGGAACCGCUGCCGUCAGUGCUCAGUCGGGACACGAAGUGCCCCACCGAGGAUCUGCCGCAGUGGACGACAGUUUCGGUGGACUGGUCAGACUCUUCUUAUCAACCGUGCUGCCCGACUGCUCCGUUAGGGGCAUCGUGGGCGGCGUGGCUGUCGGAAUCGCCGUCGGCUUUGCCGUGGUCGUCAUCUCCGGAGUCAUCCGGAAGGCACCCUCGUCCCCGUUCCGCUGCGACGACCCGUCCCUGCAGGCCCCCCAGGAGAAGGACAUCUUGCCCACAGCUCCUUACGUGGCGGUAUUAGGGGCCUCUUCGCAUGCCGUGGUGUUCGUGAACGAGAUGUGGCGACCCGGCGCUAGUUGGACGGAUGCCACCUACUGGGCAGCCAGGCAUCUGCGUAGAUUAUUCAUCGGCUUCAUCGUCUCAGGCGUUCCUUCGGUCUUUGGCAGCGGCGAGCGCUCCGAAUAUCGUCACGUCGGCGCUUGGGCACCGCCCACUGGUGAAGUCAGGAACUAUCGGUGCACGGGACCCAAGAGCCGCAAGUCGGGGAACUCGUUUCCCUCGGGCCACGCCACCGCUGCGGGCUUCGCGGGUGUUUUCAUGUUCGUCUAUGGCAUUCGGAGGUUUGUUGGCUUCGACCAGCCGUGUCGUGCUGCACUCCUGGCUGUGGAUCUAGGCGCGCUCGUCUUGUUGGUGUGCUUACAGAGGGUGCUUCAGCACCAGCACUUCUCGUUGGACGUCGUGUGCGGUUCUGCGUUCGGCGCGGUCGUGGCUGUCGUCAUCGUCACAUGGCCCUACGGCGACGCCAAGCGUUGACAAGCCUUUGCCGAGGCAGUCUGCA